GGCCAUCAGUAGUGACCAGAGAACCUCACUUUACUCUUUCGGUGCUUGCAAACAAAACUUUAUUAUUUAUUUAUUCCAACAACAAAUCAGAACCCAUUCUCAUUCUCCCACUCCAUCUUCCUUCCUCUCCAGAUCUGAUCUCAAAACCACAUUACAGCGUGAGCUUUCAAAAAGUCAAAGCAGAGUUCAUGGGUCGUGGUGUGAGCAGUGGUGGGGGACAAAGUUCACUAAACUACCUUUUUGGAAGUGGAGAGGAGCCAAAACCCACGACCGUGUCCACAGGCAAUGCAGCGGCUCCACCAAGCCAGGUCCAGGCUGAGCCGACUCCUAAACCUGUGGUGGCUGUAACACAGCCAGACAUUGCAAAACAGAUUCCAGCUGGCGUCCAGAGUAGCAAGCUUAACAACUAUACCCGAGCUGAUGGUCAGAAUACUGGCAACUUCAUCACGGAUCGUCCGUCAACCAAGGUACAUGCUGCUCCAGGAGGAGGGUCUUCACUGGGUUACCUCUUUGGAGAUGGAAGUAAAUGAUAAUGUUGCUGUAAUAUAACAUAUAAGAGUUUGUAGUGUUUACUGUUGUUUUGGAUCCCAGGUGUGGUUUGUUGGUUUGGAUCCAAGGUGUGGUUUGAAGAAAUCGUUGUCGUUUGUGGUAACUCUUGACAUUAAGAAGGUGUAAUGGGUUUAAGUAGACCAUUUUAAAAAAUAAUAUACAAAUGGGUUCUGGUCAAAAUAGGUCUGCUUUGACCCACUAAUCUUUUAAUUCUGAAUUUCAAGCCAAUCAUUAUUUUUA